CAACUGAUUCUUCAGACCUGAAACAAGUUGAUACCAGCAACCACUUAACCGACGCGGCUGUUAACACUGACACAGUUCCUUCUCCGAAGAGAAUGCAGAGCAGAAACAAACGGCCACUCGUUUUGAAUACAAAAAUGAUUGAGAAUGACUCCAGAAGCAGUGGAGGUGCCAGCAAAACGCAAAGAGCGGCUGUUGCAUCGCUUCUGGCUGGAGCUGCCGAGGCAUUUCGUGUCGCUAAAGAGCCUGGUGGAUGGAGAGGAGAAAAAACUAAGAGAAUCCUCACCGCCGCCGCCGGUGCCGCUGCUGUUGAUGCUGUUGAUGCUAUUUAUGCUACUCAUGGGGCAGACCAAGGAAAGCAUGGCCUUGCUGAAUCCAUCAUUAGUAGUCUGAUUAGCAACCGGGCGAUCAACGGUUCUAGGAAUGAUGUUGAAGAUUAUCACGUCGACAGAAGCCGCUCUCGAUCUCGCGCACGACCAGAGGAUGGUCGUGGAGGUCAAUCUAAGUCAAUAUCACCAGUAGAUGAACCAACCACCACCGUGUACUGCCAUAGCUGCCUAUCCGCAUACACUAUACAAAUGUUCCGUGGUCCAGUCGAGUAUCUUCCGUGCAAGCACUAUAUAUGCCAUACAUGCCUUGUUCAGCUGUUGGCGCUGUCACUGUUGUCUCCCGCGCACAUGCCCAUCAGAUGCUGCUGCGACUCUCUGGAGGAGAUUGGCAAAAGCAAAUUCACAAGAAUUCUUCUUGAUCCACGGAUCGCGAACAUUUGGGAUAUAUGGAAGGAUCUAAAGAUUCUGAAAGAAUCUGGGUGGACUUGCGCCAACGGACAUUUUUCACCCAAAGAUUCAUUGCUGGUAACUAACAGCUCGGUUCCUAUUUGGAAACAGCCGGUGAGCUGUUCGGCUUGUGCCAAAAGUGAGAGACUUCAACAGGCUGAAUUUUGUCUUUUAUGCGGCAAAGUGGUUACCGCCAACGGCUGUGGGUGCAGAUUUAACGAAGUCAUUGCUAGCUUUAUUGAAAUUUUGUUUACUUCAGGCGCCCUUAAGGCAGAGACGAAGCUAUCUGCUGAGCUUUGGACGGCCAUAAGAACCUGGGAUGGCUUGAAAGAUAGAAUCCCUAUCCCCUUUGGAUUUCGCCCUUGGAAGGAUGGACAGUUCUUAGAACCGGAACGACAAAGUGCAAAACCAGCAUCGAGACCACGAAGCAUGGAACCAGCGCCAAGACAACGAAGUUCAGAACCAACAUUGAGACAACGAAGUGCAGAACCAGGAAUAAAACCCCGUCUUGCAGAAAAACUGCGGAAGCCACAAUGCUAUGCCUGUGGUGCUCGUAUCGUCAAUAACGACAGUCCAAGGGACUAUCAAACCUGGUAAGUCUUUUCGCAUCAAAAGUCCUCGGUAUCUCUGUUCACACUUUAUCUAGUAGCUGUGGUACACGCUAUUGUAGUAGAUGUGGUACCAAAUGGAAACAGUGCAGCUGUCCUUUGACAUCUUCCAAGACGACUUCCAGGAAUAAGCAGAAUCGCCCCUCCGUUCUCAUAACUCAACAUCAAGACAAGCCCCAGAAUACAAAACAUGACGGCUUUAAGGAUAGGAGCCCCCUAUUCUCUUAUGUUGAAG